GCCCUAGCUACCGAAGGGGAGUGGUGCGGUGACAGCUCGGCUGCCUUUGGGCCCACGCUCCCCUUGCAGGGUGCUCUGGCAAUGGCCUUCGCACCGUCAAGAAGGCGGUUGGCUCUGGCCUCUGGCGUCAGCAGCCUGCUCUUGCUGGCCUUCUGUGGUCUGCAGCAGUCUUUCCUGGUCCUCAGCCCUUCGGGCGCGCCUAGCACGCACCCUGAGGUCCGGCUCUCGGCCCGAGCAGGACACCAGCAGACGCCCAGAGCCGCGCCCAGCGCCUUUGAGGCGUCCUGGGCGCUCCCGGCGGCGCUUGCCGUUGGUGCAGCCGUCGUGCUGGCCUCGCAUCGAGAUGCGUCCUGCACCACGAUGUACGGCAAGCACGACAAGAAGACCUUUAGAGGGAAGCAGCAUGCUCACACGUUCGGCAAGUAUCGCCUGCGCAAGAACAAGGCGCGACGCAUCCAGGCGAUCAAGAACGGAACCUUCGACCCGGAGAACACGCCCCAAAGGGGACAGCCAGAGCCCGAGCACACUUGGGACUACGACAACCUUGUCGAGAACCCCAUAUACUAUGCUCCGGACUAUUUGAAGGAAGCCAUGUAUGACUACUGGGAUGACGUGAACGAGGCGAUGCGUAAGAGGUGGAAGGAGUUCAUGGGCAUCAAGGGCAGCCAGCGGUAUUUCAAGAACUGGACCCCGCCGGGCAUGGAGCCGCCGCCAGAGGCAGAGCCUCCCGCUCCACCAUCGCCUCCGACUCCUCCUCCGCCGGCCUCGAAGCCCAAGGCCAAGGCUCCCUCCACGCCCGCUCCGGAAGAGCCGGAGCCAGUGAAGGAGGAGGAGGAGACUCCUCCGCCAGAGCCUGCUGCAGAGAAGAAGGCUGCAAAGCCGAAGCCAGCAGAAGAGCCUGCUCCAGAGAAGAAGGCUGAAAAGCCGAAGCCAGCAGCAGAGAAGAAGGAGACUCCUCCGCCAGAGCCUGCUGCGGAGAAGAAGGCUGAAAAGCCGAAGCCAGCAGCAGAGAAGAAGGAGGCUCCUCCGCCAGAGCCUGCUCCAGAGAAGAAGGCUGAAAAGCCGAAGCCAGCAGCAGAGAAGAAGGAGACUCCUCCGCCAGAGCCUGCUGCGGAGAAGAAGGAGACUCCUCCGCCAGAGCCUGCUGCGGAGAAGAAGGCUCCAGAGCCUGAGCCAGAGAAGGCCACGAAGGCCGAGAAGGCUCCGGAGCCUGAGCCGGAGAAGGCGGAGAAGGCCCCAAAAGCUGCUUCGCCAAGCGGCAAGGAUGUCAAAGCGCUGCGAGAGAGAUCCCGCGCGGGCAUCCUUGACUGUAAGAAAGCGCUGACGGAGACAGGUGGAGACAUGGAGAAGGCCAUGGAGUGGUUGAAGAAGAAGGGCAUGGCCAAGGCAGACAAGAAAGCGGGUAAUGUGGCAGUGGAGGGCUGCGUGGCCUCCUAUGUCCACUUCAACAACAAGAUCGCUGUCCUGGUCGAGGUGAACAGCGAGACCGACUUUGUGGCCAGCAACGCCAUCUUCAAGGAGUUCACAGCGGACGUCGCGAUGCAGAUUGCCGCCAACUCGGACGUCGCGUACGUGACCACGGAGGACGUGCCUGCGGCGGCAAUGGAGAAGGAGAAGCAGCUUGAAAUGGCCAAGGAGGACCUUGAGGGCAAGCCGGACAACAUCAAGGAGAAGAUUGUCGGCGGCCGCUUGAAGAAGAAGUUCGAGGAGAAGGCGCUGAUGAGCCAGAAGUGGCUGAAGGAUGAGGACAUCACAGUCCAGGAGGCCGUGAAGCAGACCAUCGCCAAGCUGGGUGAGAACAUCGUGAUCAGGCGUUUCCAGCGCUUGACGUUGGGCGAGGGCCUGGAGAAGAAGGAGGACGACUUUGCCGCCGGGGUGGAGAAGGAGCUUGCCAAGUACAAGAACGCGGAAGGCGAGGCAAAAGAGGAGAAGAAGGAGGAGAAGGAAGAGAAGAAGGAGGAGAAGAAGGAGGAGCCAAAAGAGGAGAAGGAAGAGAAAAAGGAGAAGCCCAAAGUGGCCGUCAGCGCGGCGCAGGUGAAGGAGCUCCGCGGGCGCUCGGGCGCAGGGAUCCUGGACGCCAAGAAGGCGCUGACGGAAUGUGAGGGGGACAUGGACAAGGCCAUGGAGUGGCUGAAGAAGAAGGGCAUGGCCAAGGCCGAUAAGAAGGCCGGCAACCUCUCCGCGGAGGGGGUCAUCGCCUCCUACGUGCAUUUCAACUCGAAGCUGGGUGUGCUGGUGGAGGUGAACAGUGAGACCGACUUCGUGGCCAUCAAUGCGAUCUUCAAAGAGUUCGCGUCGGACGUUGCGAUGCAAAUUGCCGCCAACCCGGACGUGAACUAUGUGUCCGUCGAUGACGUGCCGGCUGCCGUCAUGGAGAAGGAGAAGGCGCUGGAGAUGGGGAAGGAGGACCUGGCUGGCAAGCCGGACGAGAUCAAGGAGAAGAUCGUGACGGGACGUCUCAGGAAAAAGUUCGAGGAAAGCGCCCUGCUGAGCCAGAAGUGGCUGAAGGAUGAGGAUAAGACCGUGCAAGAGGUGUUGAAAGAGAAGAUCGCCAAGCUGGGCGAGAAUCUCGUGAUUCGGCGAUUUGCUCGCCUGCAGCUUGGAGAAGGGCUUGAGAAGAAGGAUGACGACUUUGCCGCUGGCGUGGAGAAGGAGCUCGCAAAGUAUCGGUAA